GAAUAUAGAUAACUAUUGCUAUUACGUAUAACUAUUACGAUAUAAUCGUAGAAGUAAUAAUAACAUGUAAUUUAAAUUUUGUUUUAUGUAUUCUGAUUUUUUUACGUCUCCGCCCACCACUCCUCAGUAGACCGUCGAGUUCUCUUCCACUACUCCGUCGUCAAACAAAUCCCCUACACUUCACUGCUCAAUAGAAACGUCGCACUCAUCACCACCACCACCACCAUCGAUUGACGAUUACAUUCAGAAACGUGAUCGAUAGUGAUUUAUUUUUUAGUCUUAUUCAGUUAUUCGAUCUGUUGUCAACGUUUGUCGUCAGGCCGUAGCUGCGAUUGACAAACGUUCAAACGUUCUUUUGUUUUAAGUCUCCAGUGGCACAUGUUUUGUUUAGUUUUCUAUCGUCAAUUGAUUGUGUCGAAGAAAUUGUUGAGUAUCUGGAUCAUAAACGAUCUGUGUUCUGAACAUACGGAAAUAUUCUGUGACGUACGUGUGUCAUUAUGUCUAACAAAAAAGGUGUAAUCAGCUUAAGCUUUAAUCAGGACCACAAUUGCAUUGCUUGCUGCACUGAAACUGGUCUUAGAGUAUACAAUGUUGAGCCUAUGGUGCUGAAAGAACAAUUUGAUUUUGGUGGUGUUGGGCAGUGUGCAUUACUUCAUCACACUAAUUUUUUUGCCAUAGUUGCUGGUGGAAAAUACCCAAAAACUUCAUUGAAAACUGUUUUAUUUUAUGAUGCUGUGAAGAAGAUAUUUGUCUUGGAAACCAACUUUUCUUCUCCUGUCAAGGCUGUACGUAUGAAAAGAGACAAGGCAAUUAUUGCAACUUUGGACAAAGUUUUUAUAUUUAAUAGUCCUACACCAUUUUAUCAUGUUGCUACCUUUGACACGCGCCCCAAUCCUUUGGGCUUGUUACAAGUUACUCCUAUGCAUAAUGCUGAAAGACAAAUCCUUGUAUAUCCUGGAAAUAAAAUUGGAAGCAUACAUAUUUUGGAUCUGAAAAAUUUGGAAGAAAAUAGUUCCAGUGCACCUGCAAUAAUAAAUGCUCAUAAUGGAGAGAUAACAUGUUUGGCUAUUAAUCAGGAAGGUACACUUAUAGCUAGUGCAAGUGAUAAAGGAACAUUAAUAAGAAUCUGGGACACUAUUCGGAAAACUAAAGUAGCUGAACUUAGGCGUGGAACAGAUACAGCAACAUUAUAUUGCAUGAACUUCAGUCCAGAUUCAGAAUUCUUAUGUUGUUCUAGUGACAAAGGCACGGUUCAUAUAUUUGCGCUUAAAGAUCCUGAUUUAAAUCGUAGAUCAAGUCUUUCAACUUUGGGUUUUUUCAGUUCCUACAUUGAAUCACAGUGGGCUCUUGCAACUUUUACAGUCCCUCCAGAAGUUGCUUGUAUAUGUGCAUUUGAGAAUCAAAAUACUGUUAUGGCUGUUUGCCUGGAUGGUACUUUUCAUAAAUAUACAUUUCUAAAGGAUGGUAGUUGUAGACGCAAAGCAUACCAUGUAUUUUUACAUGAUUGUCAAGAUGAAGAAAUUUAAAUACAUCUUUUGUUCCCCAUGUUCUCAUAUUUAGUCAAAUAAGUUUAUAAGUUAUGUCCAACCAUCUAUAUUAAUUUUGUAAAACGAACAUGUUAUAUUUUUGUAAAAUAAUUUAUGUACUAUUUUUCUU